AUGAUUGAAUAUGAUGAUUCUUAUAAUGAUAUUGAUGCAGAAGACAUACAUAACAGUAUACCAAGAAAACUAAAUGUCAAGUACCUUUCGGAAGCCCUGAAUGAAUUAGAUGGAGACAUUACAGGAAUUAUGUACGGUCUUCACCUCCAUCUUUUCUGUGCAACAACGAUUAAGAUAAAAAACAAGAUCAAAAUGAUAGCAGAUCCCGUGAAUGAUUAUAUUAAUGUUAAAAUUAAUAGUAGGGGAGCAUGGGCAAAGGUGUCACACUCACAUUUUAAGGAUAUAUGUAUUUUGGGAAUGCCAUUCCUAAAUGAAAAUAAAGUAAGUCUCCACGCAUUUUGUGGAGAUGACAUCUUUUACUUAAAUUUUGAUGAAGAGUUUGAAGAGAAAGGAAUGAAUUUGAGGAGGAAGAAAGGUGGGAAAUUAAAAAACAACAAUGAUGAAGUUAUUAGUGGAUUCUUCAUAAUCAUUAUUUUAUUUCUUUUAAUUCUUGCAUUUUUUACUGAAUAUUUGAAUAACUUUCCUUAA